GAAUAUAAAAAUUAUUAUGUCUUGUAUUCAUGCGCGGAAUACAAAUUAUAUAUAUAUAUUUUUUAUUAAUCAGCAGUCAGCAUCUAGUUUUUAUAAUGUUAGCAUUUAAUGUAAAAUGGCGGAGAAAAUGAGUCAUGAAAGAAAGAAGGAAACGUGUGUAGAAUAGAAAUAUCAAAGGGAAGCAAAAAAAAAAAAAAAAGGAAAUUACUAGCCAAAAGACGGAAAAAGGAAUUGAACCGAGUCAAAUUAUUAACAACGGAAAACUUGCCAUUUUGACGCAAAAAGAAAGUAGUAUCUAAUCCAUGUCCGUCCCUCUCUUUUCUUAAUAAGAAUUUUUUUGGCUUUUCUUAUUUACAAGAACAAUAAUCCUCUCCCACCUCUUUGGCUACUUACCAGCCGCCCCACAAUUCUUUCUCUUUUCCUUAAGCUUCAACAUUGAAGCCUACGCCAUCUUGGAUCUUAUUUUAACGUGUCGGUGGCGGGUCGACAGCCAAGAAAACCUGCUUAAAGAUCUGGUUCAAACAGUUAGAUCUUUGAAAUUCCGGUGGUUUUUCUGCAUCUGGGUCUUUUCUCAUUUCUAAUGGGUUGGAGAUAUAAGGCUGGCUUGUUCUUGAUAGCCACUGUUGUUGUCAUUUGGGUAACCUCUGCAGAAGUAACACAGGAUAUCUUUACUGACUAUAAGCAGCCAUUUGCGGUUACAUAUCUUGGAGCUUCGCUUAUGGUAAUUUACCUUCCAAUAGCAUUUAUGAAGGAUUGGCUAUGUAACUUGCUAAGACGUCGAUCUUCUAAAACUGUUAAAGAUAUAGAGAGCAUAGAUGAGACUUCCAUUGAACUUAAUUCUCCUCUAAGGCACAAAAUAUAUGAAAUGGAACUUCAAGGGACUUCGGCUAGGAAUGGCAGUGAUGCAGAUCUUUCACCUCACAUAGAGGGAAAGUCGUUGGUUACUAAAAACAAAGAUGAAGUGCACUUUCUGAAACAGGAAAAAGAACUUACCACAAGGGAGAUUGCUACCUUUGGAUUUUAUAUUGCUCCCAUCUGGUUUGUAACAGAGUAUUUAUCAAAUGCUGCUCUUGCACGUACAAGUGUAGCAAGUACAACGGUGCUGUCCUCUACUUCAGGACUUUUUACUCUUUUUAUUGGUGCUUUUCUGGGCCAAGAUUCAUUGAAUGUAGCAAAGGUGGUUGCCGUCUUUGUCAGCAUGGCCGGUGUCGCCAUGACCACUCUGGGAAAAACUUGGGCUGCCGACGAUUCAAUAGGUUCUUCUUCCAAUGGGAAACGCUCUCUCGUUGGUGAUCUUUUUGGCCUCCUCUCAGCCAUGUCAUAUGGGCUAUUUACAGUGCUGCUUAAAAAGUUUGCUGGUGAGGAAGGAGAAAGGGUUGAUGUUCAAAAGUUGUUUGGAUACAUAGGACUCUUUACACUUGUAGCGCUAUGGUGGCUUGUUUGGCCAUUGACAGCCUUGGGGAUAGAACCCAAAUUUACAAUUCCACACUCUGCUAAAUUGGAUGAAGUAGUUCUUGCGAAUGGCUUUUUUGGAAGUGUCCUCUCUGACUACUUCUGGGCUUUAUGUGUUGUGUGGACAACUCCUCUAGUAGCCACAUUGGGCAUGUCACUUACCAUCCCUCUUGCAAUGAUGGCCGACAUGGUCCUUCACGGCCGUCAUUACUCAGCAAUUUACAUUCUUGGUUCAGCUCAGGUGUUUGCUGGAUUCGUAAUAGCCAAUCUUUCAGACUGGUUCUCAAGAAAGUUGGGAUUGUAGCAUUUGUGGAAAUCCUAUAGCUGAAUUAG